AUGCGCACGUGACGUCAUGUACACAAACACGCCGUUAUUGUUGGUGAUUUUCUUCCUCGUAUCACCAGGUCUUUCAACUUCUCACGAGGACGAACGCCACGAUCAUAUCCUUUGUCGUAACUGUGGGGCAGAAUUAACCGAAAAUACGAAGGAAAAUUUUGUCAAUGUCACUAGCCCUCAUUCGGAGUCCAGUCACUGGUUGUCUGUCCUUGGCCAUUCUCAUUUGAUGGUUCAGACACUGCGAAACCCAGCUGAUAUAGCUUUUGACCUUGUCACUGUGAAAAGAACUGGAUGUUCAGGCGUUGGAGAGUGGUAUAGUGACCAUUCUUGGUUUCCUGGCUAUUCGUGGAAGGUCUGCGUCUGUCCUCGCUGCAAGGCACAUCUUGGCUGGAUCUUUGAACCGAUAGAAAAUACCAAACCCAGCCAGUACUUAGCUUCAAGCAAGGGAUUCUAUGGACUUAUUUUAGAAAAAUUAAUAAGUGAAGACUUUUCAGACUCCUUGCUCAUUGGACUUCCCAAACGACAAAGAUAUUAACUAUGGCUGAGGAGAGGCAGGAUGUAUGUGUUGGUGAGGUGAACAUGGUUGAACUAGACACAGAGUUUUUGACGAAACUGGAGGAACAAGCCAAAGAUCGCUACACAGAAAAUGAUGAGAAUUUCUUGGAGUAUUGCAGCAAACCACCACCAAAACCUCCAAUUCUUCCUGCUGAAAGAUUUGAAAGGAAUAGGCGGGGUGGAUUUAGGGGACGCUCUGACAACUACCAUGGCAGACAGGGAGGGUAUAAUCGCAACAGGUACAACAGAAGGGACUUUGGAGAUGACCGGAGGAGAAACUGGGGGGGUGAGAGGAGGGAAUUUGGAGGAGAAAAGAGGGACUACACUGGUGAAAGGAGGGAUUAUGGAGGAGAAAGGAGGGACUUCGGAGGGGAUAGGAGGGAUUUUGGAGAUGACAGGAGGGACUUCAGAGGCGAUAGGAGGGACUUCGGAGGCGAUAGGAGGGACUUCGGAGGGGAAAGGAGGGACUUCGGAGGGGAAAGGAGGGACUUUGGAGGGGAAAGGAGGGACUUCGGAGGCGAUAGGAGGGACUUCGGAGGGGAAAGGAGGGACUUCGGAGGGGAAAGGAGGGACUUUGGAGGGGAAAGGAGGGACUUUAGGGGUGAAAGAAGGGAAUAUGGAGGUGAGAGGAGGGACUACGGAGGGGAGAGGAAAGACUUUGAAGGUGACCGAAGAAAUGACCGAAGGGACUUUGGUGGAGGGAGAGACCAAGAGUACAGAGAUGAUAGGAGAGGCGAGAAGAGGCCGCACUCAGGGUAUUCUGAGGACCACAGGGGCAGUGGAGAGGGCUAUUACUAGAAGAUUUCAUGAUCUUUCACAUGUUGUAAUGAUAAGGAGCAGGCUCUGUUAUAAAAGUGUCUUUUCAUGAAUUACUGUUUUGCAUGCUAGCCAUAUAUACUUCUCUUUAUUCUUCUAUGGAGCAGGACUUGCUUCUUGCUCGUUGGCUAUUCUAGCAGCCAGUUUUGUACUUCAGGUUCAGAAUGCCAUUUAUUUUUGUUCUGUAAAAGAUAUAUGAAAUACAUAGUUAUGAUUCAUCAAUGUUUUUGGAGAUAAAAGCUAUAAAGGCUGCUUGGUUUGGUUUCAUUUGCCAUAUUUAUGACUUUCAAAUAUGUAAGAGAAAAAAAUGUAAAAACUUUGGAUAAAAUGUAUAUUUUUCCAGCAAA